UACAUAGAACUGCAAAAUGAAUAUACAAUUUUGACGAUUGACCAACAUGGUGUUACUCAGGCAGUACAGGACUCCUGCUCAGGCUCUGAAUUACCCUGAACCACAUCCUAAUUCUUCUGGGGUGAGAUGAAAGACACUUGUCUAGUCCUUACUGUCUUCUUCCCAAAGCUUUCGCCCCCUCACCUUUUAAUAGCACUCCAACUGGCAUAUGAAAAUACUCAGUUAACAACAGCUUCCUUGUCAAAUAUAACAAAUGUUGCAUGUGCUGGAAAUAAUGUCAAGCUGAAAUUAUAUAUUUGCUGCUUGGGAAAUUUUAAUUUAGUCUAGAGACAACUUGUAAGAACUUUCAUCUGAUUGGACAUCAUGAGUCUGGCUUCGUCACACACAAUCUGUGCUUGUACAUCACUGAGGACAGUCUACUGGCAAUUUAAACCAAUAAUAUAAUAAAGUGUCACACAAUAGAACUAAGAGAUGGUUACUUUAAUUGUAGAUAAUGUGCUUUAUUCAAUAAGAUAAAAGCAAUAAGAUAAAAUCAAUGAAAAUAAAUACAAUGUUAAAAAUGUAAAAAUUUUAAUAAACUGUCCCUCUCAACCACUUUAGUUUUGAGCAGGAUUGGCUGACUGCUCAUAACCCAGGGCAUUUAUACAAUUUUUUUCUAAAUGGACGUCCUCUCCUUGAAAAUUUAAUGUAAAUCGAAUUAAAGUUGUAAAACUACGCUUACUUCCUGUUGCCAGUAGGUGGCGCUAUCACACACACAGACUAAUAGAUCUAUUCAGGUCGAGAAUGAUCAUGUGACAGAAUUUUGGAGCUGAUUGGACAAUGCACAUCGGAGAUACAACAACUUAAUCUUUGAUUAAUUCCUCUUCGGCCAUUGACCACGACCAUGUCAAACUUUGUCAGAAGGGCCUCAAGACAUUGAUGAUGAAGUCAUAUCGAAACUGUGAGUUUUUGUCGAACACCAUGUUAGAGGCGUCAAAUUCCAACAUGUCACAGUGACACAUGAAAUUGCUGUAACUUCAGUGUACUGUGUUCAAUCUCCCUCAACCUACAUUUGUGUAACAACAGAGGUUUAAAAAAGAGGUUGUGCAAUUGAAAAUGGAAAUAGGGCUUUUGAUGGAAAUAAAUAACGAGUUAAUAGAGGAGGUAUGCGUACUCAGAGAAAGUAAUGAAGCGAUAAUGGAAACAAUUUAUAUAAUUUUUGUGAAAUUACCUUAAGAUCUGAGUUGAGCAAUUGACCUGUGUAUGUUAUCGCUUAUUAGGAACUACUAUAUUACUAUAAGCCUUAUUGCUUAUAGUUUGUGAAAUGGACGUUUUUUAAAACUCUACUGUGCAUUGUCCAGUGAGCACCAAAAUUCUCACCUAUAUGAUCAGAGUCCCGGCCUGAACAGCUCCAUUAUGUCAAUGUUGACUCAGUGUCAUAGUGCCACCUACGGAUUCGCCAUGAAAAUAAAGUUGUUGUAACUCCACUGUACGUUGUCCAAUUGGCCCCCAAAUUGACGCGUUUAUCCUUGCGCAAAACGCACUCAACGCAGAGCCAUUUCUCCCGGUCCAUGUCCGCCCUCCCCCGCGGCCGCAUCAGGUCCCGAGUUUGCAAGUGCUCGGCCCGCACAGUGACGCUUCGCAUCCCUAGAUAAAAUCGGUGCUCUUCGCUUUGUGAAUCAAGGUAUUUAUUUGUCUUUAUAAACAGUAAUUUCAAAUAGAUUAUUAAAAUUGUCAUUAUUUCUUUGUAAAUGAAUUCUGUGCUUAUAAAUGAUCUACGUAUUGAUUGUUUUCUGUUGUUUCUUUUAUUGACUGUUAACAUAUCAAAUAAUUAAUGACUUUGUAAAUUAGUCUAUUUAUUUGUAGAUUAACCACUUUUGAAACAAAUGUAUUAAUUCUUGUUCUUGUAGCUCAAUGAAUCAAUAAUGAAUGAAAUGUUUUAUUUCCACUUCUCUCCGACAGCAGUGCUCCUCCACGGCUGGUAUCAUAGCAACAAGUUUCAACAAACGGGAUGCGGAGAAAAUGGCGACCGAGAAAGAACGAGACGCUGCAGAAUAUCUGAAAAGACACAGAAUAAUGGAGCUGUUGGAAAACCUGAGCAGUCUGCUCUUCUUCUACAGACCUGAGAAACCCACACAGUUUCUUGUUGAGCAGCUGGAACAGCUAAAGAUGUCUCAAGAGAGCGGGGGUCAAGGGCCAAAUCUGUUCAACAACUCCAACCUGGACGCAGUCUUAGGGAUCCUGGACCCCACCAAUAUAGAACACAUCACUUUUGCGCAAUACAAGCACGCUCUGACCACACUGGGCAUAAAGGACUUUGAUGAAUGUCCUGAAGGUGCUAAUGAAGACAGAAUAUCCUAUGAGACGUUUAAAACAGAAGCGAUGCAAGGCCUGCAGAGAAGCUCAGCAACAUAUGAACAACUGUGAAUAUCGAUGUUUUCGCCCACCCAGUUGAUAUUUAUGCAUCCAGUGUUAUAAUCUUGAAGUGCACCUGGAUGUGACUGGGAGGAGUGAACUGUGUUUGGUCAAAUGAGCCUGUUUUAUUAUUGCUAUAUAUUGUAUAUACUGUUUCAGGUAGUUUCACACAUUCAAGUAUUGAUAGAAAUAUGCAGUGAUGGUCUUUCUUCUUACAACUGGAGGUUGUGAAGCCAAAGUGAUCCUUGUCAUGAUGGAUGAUUCUCUCUAUUCAAAUACUGACAAAAAUAUUUUCAAAUAUCAUUUAUGAUGUUUAUAAAAAAUUAAGUUACAUACAGUAGUACAUAUUUUAAUUGCACAUUUAUUUAUUCUAGUAACCUCACACAUGAGGAUGUUUGAUACAGAAGAUGGUAAAUUGUGGUGGCUGUGAUAAGGGGAGUCAAAGAGGGAGGUGCAGACGAUUGUGCAGUCCCACAGAAGUCAAACUCAAAUGCAGAUGUCAGGGAUUACAACAACGAUUUACGGGGAUACUGUUUAUGUUGAAUUUCACCUUGGAUUCCAAUGUCAAUCAACCCAUCCACUAUUGUUACAUUCAUUUGAAAAGCCUGGAUGUUCUUCAUCACUUUGCUUGAGAAUAAAUCCCUAUGAACCCGU